AUGAAUCACGUAACCUCCCCCAACGAGCCCUUCCCAACCCCCGACGCCCCCGACGCCCUCGCCGCGGCAACAACGUCGCACACGCAGAACCGCUUCCGCAUCUCAACCCGCAAGCUCCCCAUCUCCAAGUCCGCCGCCAUCGAUGCCCUCGAGAAGAAGCUCGGCAUCCCCGUGCCCGAGAUGAUCUUCGGCGACAACCUCGUCUCCAUCACCCACACGCCCUCCAACUGGACCCUCAGCUUCAACACCACCGAUGCGCUCGACGCCGUCGACAAGACCGACAAGCACAUGCUGCGCGUCGCCUACGCCCGCGACUGGGAGAGCACCCGCGAGGAGACGACCCAGAACAUCAAGGAGGUCGUCAAGCCCUACGACUGGAGCUACUCCACGGCCUACUGCGGCUCCGUCGACGGCCGGGCCUUUGCGCCCACCGACAAGCAGAUCCCCAUUGAGCUGCUCAAGCGGCGCGACCCGAUCCUCUUCUUCGACGAGGUCGUCUUGUACGAGAGCGAGCUGGACGACAACGGCAUCUCGCUAUACAGCGCAAAGCUGAGAGUCCACGACAAGCGCAUGCUGCUGCUGUGUCGCCUGUUUAUGCGCCUAGACAAUGUCCUGGUGCGGUUGCGGGACACGAGGAUCUAUGUGGACUUUGAGACGGACGAGGUGCUGCGCGAGUACACGGCCAAGGAAGGCAGGUUUGCCGACGUAAAGAAUGCUCUUCGGAGAUCGGGAAGGCUGCCUGAUGAUAUUACAGUUGCUUUACGAGAUCCCAAUGCGUUAGAUCCAUUCCUGGGAGUUGUCGAACACAGGAUAGAAGCGAUAUCACUAGCAGCGCAGCAGUAA